CUCCAAUAAAAGUGUGAUUGAACCAAGGAAUGUUCAGCGCUUUCACACAAAAACUACAACUACCAGUGGCGAUGAUUCCGUACGUCGUUAUGACGGAGUGACGUGCUGACGUCAAACGGAAAUGUGCAACACCAAUUCUUUCUAGAAUUUUGUAGCGGUCGCUCGCUAACUCACGCUAGGGAGCUUUAUCUGAGUUUGUCUUGGCCAAAUACGACCAGCCGCUGCACUGAACAUAAAUACAUAUAUCUGAGAAGUGCACUAUUUGGAUGCAUUUGCUCAUUUGAUUCAAAUUUCUAGUUUGCGUCUUUUAGCCACUAACUUAGCCAAGUCAUAUCCCAAGCUAACGCUGUUAGCGUUAGGUUCUUGUUGGCAGAAUGUCCAGGAUAGACUACAGCGUGUGGGACCACAUUGAAGUGUCUGACGAUGAAGAUGACACCCACCCAAACAUCGACACACCCAGCCUCUUCAGAUGGAGACACCAGGCACGUGUGGAGCGAAUGGAAGAGUUUAACAAAAAAGGUGAAGAACUCAGCAAGGGACUCAAUGACUGUCGGCGUAAGCUGGCAGAGGCACAGAAGAAGACCCAAGUCCUGUCCAGUGCAGGGUCGUGUGAUGCCGAACUGAGCAAAGCCCAGGCUGAGGAGAAGAAACUGAAAAAAGAAGAACGGGAGUGGCAGAAGAAGGUGGAAGACCACAAUCGAGAAGAGAAGAAGAUGCCAUGGAACGUGGACACGCUCAGCAAGGAAGGCUUUAGCAAGAGUAUUGUUAAUGUCAAACCUGACACUGCAGAGGAGACCGAAGAGGAGAAGGAGCAAAAGCAUAAAACAUUCGUGGAGAAGUAUGAGAAGCAGAUCAAACAUUUCGGCAUGCUGCGACGUUGGGAUGACAGCCAGAAGUACCUCUCUGACAAUCCUCAUCUCGUCUGUGAAGAGACCGCUAACUACUUGGUCAUCAUGUGCAUUGACCUUGAAGUUGAGGAGAAACACGCAUUAAUGGAGCAAGUGGCUCAUCAGACCAUCGUCAUGCAGUUCAUCCUAGAGCUGGCGAAAAGCCUCAAAGUAGACCCCCGCGGCUGCUUCCGUCAGUUUUUUGCGAAGAUUAAGACAGCAGAUCAACAGUAUCAAGACGCUUUCAAUGAUGAGCUGGAGUCGUUCAAGGAGCGGGUGCGGGGCAGGGCGAAGAUCCGCAUAGAAAAGGCCAUGAAGGAAUAUGAGGAAGAAGAGCGACAAAAGCGCAUUGGACCCGGAGGACUAGAUCCUGUUGAAGUGUACGAGUCCCUGCCAGCUGAGAUGCAGAAAUGCUUUGAUGAGAAGGACAUCCAAAUGUUACAAGAUGUUAUCAGCAAAAUGGACCCCACGGAGGCAAAGGCUCACAUGAAGAGGUGCAUAGACUCUGGGCUCUGGGUGCCCAACUCCAAAGGAGAUGGAGAAGAAAAAGAGGAAGAAGCCACCUAUGAAGAGGUGAAACAGGAGCAAGAAGAAACUAAGAAGGAAUGACCAAAAUUGACACCCUGAUUUGUUGUUUUUUGUAAAUGUACUUACCCACUGUAUUGCAACUCCAUUAUGUGUAUGAUUAGUUUGCCAAUUACUGAAAUAACUUCUCUAAAAUAUUUAGCUGAGAGAUUUAAGGGACUAGUACUCACCUAACUACACAAGAAUGUUGCAUCAGGAACCCCAGCUUGGAAAAGAAACUGCAGCUUGUGUCUUUUGUUCAUGUCUUUUAUUUGUUUGGACAUCACCAAAGCUGUGUUCUUUCAUUUAUUUGUACACACCUUUCAGUUUGUGUGGCUUGCCUGCUUGCUUAAUUUGCGGUGGUGUAUAGAUUUCAGGUUGGGCAUAUGUAGUUUUUUUUUUUUUUUUUUUUUUGUCAUUUUUAAUUUUAGGAUUUUUGUUUUGUUUAGGGCUUGGUCAAUUGAUGUAUUCAGAUGGUUAUUUCUCCAAAGUGACAUUUUUUUUUUCCAAAAACCUGAUUAACUAAAGGUUGAAUUAUAUCCAACUUCUUAAGAACAAGUUGUUGUGGUGAUGUGUCAAGGUGUGGGUGAUGUGCUUUUGGUGUGAGUCAUAGAAGAAUCACAAGAAAAUGAUCAACUGCCACUUUUUUGGUGGUUAAAAGUGACAUUUACUCCACAUAGUGAUUGUGGAACAGUAGGUAAAUUGGUAACUAUGUUAUGACUUUCAGUUCAUCACAGUGUGCAUUACAAGACAAAAACAGUCUUAAAUUUAAAAAAGUAUUCAUUUUAGACCCAAUAAUUACUUUCACACUGGCUCCACUUACAUUGUAGCUUAUUGUGGCCCAACCGCCACCAUAUAAAUGAGCUUAAAACUACAGUUGAGUCUUGUAGGGUCUUGGAAUGAUUGACAUGGGCCCUACUUAUUUCCACAUUGGUCAAAAUCCCAAUUAAGUUCCAGUUCAGCGGGGAAGGGCAUGUAUGUCUUAAAAGCUCAUAUGGAUGUGAUGUGGCACUGUGCCUGAAGGUGCUUUAUAGGUGUGGCAGAAAUCUAUACUUUCACUUUCUAUACUUUUAUUUUGAAGGUGAGAGUACUUUGGCUUUUGCAUGAUGGCAGAGAUGAAAAAAUAAACUGAAGUCAAACAGCUCAUACAAAGGCAUUAUUUGACCAUCCUGGAAGUCACAAAAUAAAACUGCUCAAUGUGUACUGCCAUAACCUAUUGUUUGAACAAAAUAAAUAUGCGAACGCUGCAAAGAAACAUCGCUAGCUGAUGACACUUAGUGAUGGACAGAAACAAACACCACAUGGAAAGUUGGAUAGAGGUGUUUACCAUAGGUGUGGAAGGUGUUUUAUUUGAGUUUGGUUUGAUGAAGUUUGAGGCUGGCAUGAAUGUUCAUUAAUGUAACGAUUGUCAUUUGGCAAUUAAGUGUAUCAUCAGAUGUGAUAUUAUAGAAUAACCUAGUUUGUUAAAAUCUCCCAAAUGACUCACAAGCCCUCAUAUGUUCUCUGCAUUGUUGAAAUAGACCCUUUUAAUUAUUUCAGCAUGGUCUUGUGGCCUCGUAAUUUUUUAAGGGUCAAGGGUCAGACAGUAUACAACAGAAGUGAGUGCAAUACCUGUGCAAUACCACUUAAAUGUCAAAUGAUCUAACAUCAUAUCACCUUAAAGUAACUGCAUUACUUCUAAGUUCAACAGCAAGAUAUUAUAUUUGCUCUUAUGUAAAAUUAAAACCUAAUACCAUAGAUUUACUUAAUUCAAAAUACGGACCCUACAGUUGGAACCAAGUGCAACGACAGUUAGUACACCUUUAAUCAUUGACAUACAAGUCUUAUAUUUUGUUCAGUAUAACAGACUCAGUUCUGUUUAACAUGGAGGACGCCAGUGUUGCACAAAUUUCUGGGGAAACGUUCAGUUAAUCUUCUUUUUUUUUUUUGGCUAUUCUUCGGUGGAAGAGCUGUGCUGCUCAGCCUUUCUCUUUAAAGUACCCUUGGUUCAGGAGGAUCUGGUUUCUUCAGCAGUUUCUUUCCCUUUGGAUCUGCAGGAUUUGCUCCUCUGAUUAACUUCUAAAAGAGUCAGAAAAAGGGAACAAAAACCUCGUCAGCACACUUCGAUAUUUAUAUUUACACUCGCACACACACAAGGUUCUGAAUACUGGGUUUCUUGGAUGUUGGUUCAUUGCAUUAAAGUUUCCACCUCUAAAGAAGGGUAUUUGGUAUUCUACUGAA